UCCGAUCCUUGCCUUUCCCCUCAUAAAAAGAGAAGCCCUUGCCUUGCCUUUCCCCUCUCCUUCCUUCCCCCGCCGCACCGCACACCCCAACCCCAAUCGAAAUCCCACAGAGUAGGCCGGAGAGGCGAAAUCGCGGUCUGUCGAUUACCUAUUAGGGUUUUGCUUAGGCGAGGAGCUAGGUUUCCGACGAGAUGCUGCACGACAGGCACGUCCGGUCAGAUCCGCCGUUCGGCGCCGGCGCCGGCGCCGGCGCCGUUUAUGGAGAUAGAACGGGGGCAUGGACGGGACAGAAGAGGCGCAUGUAUCGGAGCCCGUCCCUUACACCAUCCUCUGCGCGUGCUAAGGUCGGGACGCCUUCGGAUGUAUCGCCUGAGCUGUCAGAUAACUUCGUUGGCAAGGAGGAGUUCCAGAAGUACCUUGCAAUUUUGUCCACCAGGCGUGCUCCUCAGACCGUAGCUGGUCCGAUUAUGAACAACGAACGGCAGCGCGUGGUCUAUGAGCGCAUUGCACUCUACCACAUCAGAGCUUCCAAGAUGGCACAGGGAGUGUGCAUCGAUGAGCUGGAUGAUAUGACUCUGAGAAAGGAGUACUCUCCGGAAGCUCUCGAGGAAAUGUAUUACAAUGGCCAAGUGGACGCCGACUGGUACUUUGACCGUGACUACGCUGUUCACUCCUACUUGAGUGACUACCAGCGCCUUGUCCUUAAAAAUGGAGAUGAUGGCAUGAUGUACCUCGACUGGGACAAGUACAGCUCAUGGUUUACUAGCUACGAAAUGGAUGCAGACUAUAUCAACUACUUUGAAGAAAUAUCAAAGAAAAUUAAGUGGAUUAAAAAGUAUAUGGACUGUGAACGAGAAUCUUCUACGUGGAUGGAGAUGGAAGCUAGAGGAUUUCAGCAAGCAGUGAAGAUCGCAGUAGCCUUUCCCCACAUCAGCUUUGAUUUAGCUUUUACUGCAUACACGGAUCACAUUUGGAGCGUGCGAUUUGAUUAUGUUUAUUGUGAAGACAUUGAUCGUCUCCUUUGUGAGAUUUGGGAGCGUACCACUACGCAAAAUAUUACUUUCAGAGAUGCUCUGCACCAAGUCAAUCAAGAGAAUUUGGUCCCUCGACACAAAGAUCGUAUGCAAUUUGCACUGGAUAAUAAUAUCUACUCCAAUUUGCAAUAUUCCUUUGAUAUCUGCGUGGAAGGAAUCGCUGAUGACGUCCCAAAGGAUGAAGCACGGAGGUUGAUUACAUCGGCGGUUUGGAACAAGUUUCAGCUUCCCAAGCGUAAGACAUGGAACCAGUAUAUGAUGAGGAAAAUAGAGAUUGCUAAACAGAUUGGCUUGGAUCUCAAGGCAUCAUCUCGUCCGGUUUAAGACCCAGAAGGAUAUGGACUGUUGUUCCUCGACAUAGCUUGUCCGUUGCUCACUCAGAUGCAAAUUAAGAUGUAGCUAUUUGAUAAUGCCUUUGUUAUUUAACUAUGCAUCAAUAUUUACAAUUGAGUUAUAUAAUACUUUGGUAAAACAAAGCUGUUGAAUUAGAUGUUAUUUUGUAGCAUGUAUUUCGUUGAUGUGCCUGACUUAAUAACAAUAAAGGUAUCUUGCUCC